CCAUAUAAAUAGGAUGAGAUCCAUCAGACGAGCACAUUCAAUCCCAUCCGUCCACACAGCUUAGACAUGAAGCUGAUUAUAGUCCUAUCCCUUAUAGCCUUCGGCUAUGCUGCGAAGUUGGAUAGGACGUAUUUACCACCUCCUGGUGCUGCGACUGCCGGGGGAAGCCCUGGGUCCUUAAGCGCCCCUGGUCAGAGCUUUGGGCAGCAGGCUCCAGGAUUCCAAGGAUCUCAGUCUCAGGGACCUAGCCAGGCCGGCCCUGGCUUUGGUGGAUCAUCUGGAUUUGGGCGUCCUGGAUCUAACCAGCCUUCUGGACCUGCUGGAUUUGGCAACACUGGAUCAUCAGGAUUUGGACAUGGAUCAAACCAGCCUUCUGGAUCAGGAUUCGGACCUGAAUCCAACCAGCCUUCCGGACCUGGAUUUGGUAGCAACGCUGGUUCAUUCGGCCGUCCUUCUGGACAGGCUGGGCCUCAGGCCUUCCAGCCUGCCGCCACUGGUGUACAACCUCCUUCCCAGUUUGGUUUUGCGCAAAAUGGACCUCAGCAGCCUGAGCGGCCUCAAGCCGCCGCCGAUAGGAACGCUGAAAUCCUCCGAUACGAUAACCAGAAUGAUGGUGAAACCUUCUCGUACAACUUUGAGACUUCGAACGGCAUUUCUGCUGAGGAGUCAGGAGUAGCCACCAACGGUGUUCAGGCUCAAGGUGGUUUCUCUUACACGGGUGACGACGGCCAGUUCUACAAGAUCUCGUACACCGCUGAUGAGAACGGAUAUCUGCCCCAGGGUGACCAUCUGCCUACUCCUCCCCCUAUUCCUGAUGAGAUCCUGAGGUCCAUUGAGGAGAACGCGAGGGCUGCUGCUGCUGGGACUCAAGAAGGUGCCUACAACCCUGAAGAAGACAACGCUCCGGUAUACAACGCUCCCUCCUUCAACCAAGGUCAACAGUUCGGCGGUUCUACCGGCUUCGGACCCUCUGGCUCUGCUGGUCCAUCUGGACCUCAGACCGGUUUCAACCAGGGCUCGACCCAAGGAAGUGCUGGCCCAUCUAGACCCCAGGGAUCCGGUUUCAACCAGGGCUCGACCCAAGGAAGUGCUGGACCAUCUAGACCCCAGGGACCCGGUUUCGGUUCCGGCUCGACCCAAGGAAGCCAAGGUUUUGGCCAAGGACCUCAAGCCCAAUCAGCCUUCAACGGAAAUGGCAACCAAGGAUUCUCUGGCCAACGUGCUCAGGGUCAAACCGGCGGUCAGGCUGGAUAUGAUUACUCCAGGCCCCAGAAUCAGGGUCGUCAGCCUAAUGGAAACGCUAACGCUAUACCUUCUGGACCCUUCAAGCCUUCAGGCGCUCAGAACCAGGCCAGGCCCUUCCCAGGACAGAACCAACCGAGCCAGCCCUCAGGUCAAGCCAGACCCUUCUCAGGGCAAAACCAGCCGUCUGGCCCAGCUUCGAACCAGAGACAAUACUUGGCUCCUGAAUCUCAGCAGCGUCAACCUGGAAACCAAGGAUCUGCUCCUCAGUCGUUCAACCAAGGUCCCCAAGGUCCCCGAAGCCAAGGCCAGGGCCCUGCCCAAUUCAACCAGAACCAAAUUGGAUCUGGAUCGCAGCCUAACCGUGGACCAUCUAACUUUGGCCAGAACCGCCCUUCCAACCAGCCAUCACAAGGAUCCCCAGCUCAGAGAGGCCCCCAGGGUCCGCAAGGCCCGAGAGCUCAGGGCAACACUCCACAAGAUGGCUACGAAUACAACCGACCUCAAAACGCUUUUAACGCUGGCAGCCAAUCUAGGCCUCAGGGUCCUAAUGCUUCAAGACCUCAAGCUGCUUUCCCUGGCUCAAGUUCUCAAGGUCAACCUGGAUUCCCUGGUGCUUCAAGCCAGACUGGUUUCCCGGGUGUCCAAGGGCAAGGUGCGUUCCCUGGCUCCAACCGCCCAGCGGCCCAAGGACCUCAAGGCUUCCCUGGUUCCCAGGCUCCCAGAGGUCAGGGACAGCAACCCCAAAGGCCUUCUAAUCAGGAAACUUUCGGAGGACCAAGGCAACCACCCAGCUUCAGCCCUGAAGAAGGAUACAAAUACUAAGUAGCCAAAGGACGUUAGCUCAUAUGAAAGCGGCAUUAGAAAAUAUACAAAAAAAGUUACUCUGUACGUAGUUUUAUGUUGUACAUAGUAAGUUUAAUGUUUUGUCACUGUGUGAUAGAAGGGAAAUAAAUUAUGCAAUUUUUCGAAA